UUACCCGUGAUGCCCCGCGGUAAAGAUGGCGACCGCUGAGAGGAUCCGUAAGUUUGUGUGAGCGCGGCUCCGAGUCCGAGCGCAGCCGCCCAGAGGAGCCCGCAGCCCGGACACAGCCUCCGCCCAGGCCCGCUGUCCCCUCCCCGCUCAUCCCCGGGCCCCGAGUCCCCGCGCUGCCCGCUCUCCCCGCACCUGCUCCGGGCCUCGGAUUAAGGAGCCGAGGACAGAGGAGACGAGGAGGAAGGAGACGAGGAGCUAGGAGAUGAGUGCGGCGGCGAGGAAGCCGUACCGCAAAGCCCCGCCCCAACACCGAGAGACACGCCCCGCCCACCACCAGCCCGUCGCCCCGCCCCCUGAUGUCCCACAGGAGCCGGUGUCGGAGUCGGAGCGGGUCAGGAUGCUGGAGGCGCAGAACGAGGAGCUGCGGCGGCGUCUCUCUUUGUCCAAUCAGAGGACAGAGGCUCUGGGGGCGGAGCUGGACUCCUGCAGACACUACAUGGAGGCGGAGCUUAACCGCACCCGAGACGACCUGGACAAGAUGAGGGACAAGUUCAGGAGGCUGCAGAACAGUUACACGGCGUCUCAGAGAACCAAUCAGGAUCUGGAGGAGAAACUUCACGCGCUGCUGAGGAAGGUGGAGCGGGACAAAAAGACGAUGGACCAGGAGCUGGUGGAGCUCACCAACAAACUGCUGGACGCCAAAGGAACCAUCGACCGACUCGAGGAACUCAACGAGCGUUAUCGUCAGGAUUGUAAUCUGGCCGUGCAGCUGCUCAAGUGCAACAAAAGCCACUUCAGGAACCACAAGUUUGCAGAUCUCCCCACUGAGCUCCAGGACAUGCUCCACAAACACAUGAAGAACUCACUCCCAGAACACAGCGCCCCGGACAAGGACCCAGACUCGUUGAGCCUGACGCCGGCGGACGUGGUCCCGACCUCGGUCAUCGCCAGAGUCCUGGAGAAACCGGAGCCGCUGCUGCUAAACUCCGCCCACUCGCGCAGCAGCCGGCCAGUCGCAGAGGACGUCUUUGUGCACGUGGACAUGACGUCGUCGGACGCGCAGCCCAACGGAGCCAAUCACGCGGCGGCCGGGUCCCCCCCCCUGAGCGGGCGGCAGAACGGCUCGCCCCGCCCCCUCGCCGAGUCCCUCGAAGACGUCUCCGUGUCCAAACUGAACCCGUACCCGGCCCCGCCCCCCCCGCUGCAGGCCCCACCCCCUCACGCCCUCUACCCGGGCCGAAAGGUCAUCGAGUUCUCGUCGGACGACCGCGUGAAAAUCCCCAAGAACAGCCCCCUCCCCAACUGCACGUACGCCACGCGCCAGGCCAUCUCGCUCAGCCUGGUGGAGAGCCCCGCCCCCUCCGCCGCCUCACACCGCGCCUCAGCCAAUCAGAGAGAGGCCAUGAGCGAGCCGCUGUCCAGCCAGAGCAGCCCCUUCAGCAGCCCCCCACAGGCUCUGAGCGGCGGCCCGAGCUCCGGCAGUUCGGAGGAGGACCUGCUCAACUCGUGGCAGAGAAUGUUCGUGGACAAAAUGGCGCCGUCGGACGCGCUGCACCGCACGGCCUUCAGCAGCCAAUCGGUGCGCGAGCUGCAGCGCCGGGGCGGGGCUUACUCUGACGGAGAGGAGGUCUCGUCCAAUCAGAGCUGGACUCCGAGCCGAGGGUCCAGUCUGGACACGGACACGGACCCGGAGACCAGACCGAGACCCAGCGAAGACCUGCUCCUCCUGAAAGACCCCAACCCCCCCAGUCCCGGUUCGCUCUUGGACUCGUCGCUGAUGUUGGGCGACCCCGAAAUGGCCGACAGGAAGUGUCUCCAUGACGACGACGAGGAGGAGAGGGACGUCCUUCCCGUGGACCUGCCAAUCAUCUGUCCCCGCCUCCUGGACCCCGCUCAGCCAAUCAGCUCGCAGCACCCGGCCCCCGCUCCACAGCGCCCCCCGAAGAGCCCCAAGCGCAUGGGCGUCCACCACCUGCACCGCAAAGACAGCCUGACCCGCGCCCAGGAGCAAGGCACUCUGCUCGACUGAACCCACAACCCACUGACCCGCACUCAGGAGCAAGGCACUCUGCUGGACUAGAACCCCCAACCCCACUGACCCACUGACCCGCGCCCAGGAGCAAGGCACUCUGCUGGACUAGAACCCCCAACCCCACUGACCCGCGCCCAGGAGCAAGGCACUCUGCUGGACUAGAACCCCCAACCCCACUGACCCGCGCCCAGGAGCAAGGCACUCUGCUGGACUAGAACCACCAACCCACUGACCCGCGCCCAGGAGCAAGGCACUCUGCUGGACUAGAACCCUCAACCCCACUGACCCACAGACCCCAUGCCGACGAGCAAAGCACGCUCUGGACUAGGACCCCCAACCCCCCAGGCCCAGGAGCAAGGCACGCUCUAGACUGAACCCCUGACCCCGAGCCCACGGGCAACACACUCUCUGGACUAGAACCCCCGACCCCACGAGCAAGGCACUCUGCUGCACGAUGAACCUGAAUGUUUAAAUUUUCUGACCCAGGACUCGAACCAGAGACCCUCUGGUGUGAGUGCGAGGGCUAACCACUCUGCCACUGUGCUGCUGAACAAGCCCCGCCCCCUAUCCUGUCACUCACACAGGCCCCGCCCUCAUAAGCCCCGCCCCGUCUCCUGUCACUCACACAGACCCCCCGCCCUCCUAAGCCCCACCCUCUCCCCCGUCAAUCACACAAGCCCCGCCCCCUCUCCUGUCACUCAAACUUUAGCCCCGCCCCUGAGUCUCAAACAGGAAAUGAUCUCACAGGAUUUAAAUUUAAAUUUCAUGAUUUAAACUUUUCUUUUAGUUUUUGAAGCGUUUUUUAAAGUUUUAAUUUAAUGUAACCUGAGUUUAGUUUAAUUUUAGACUUUUAAUGAGACGUGUUUAUGAACGCUACUUUUACUUUUGACUGUUUUCGAUUUGAAUGUUUCUGCAGAGGCCUGACGGAGCCGCGAUCCCGACUCUCGAUCCACAACCUGAAUCUGGAACUUUCCACGAUGGACGAGACUCUAAUCGCAUUUUUAAAAUUAAAUUACACAAAUUACUAAACGAUUUAUAAAAAGUAAAAGAGAAAAUAGAGCGUUGUCUCGACGGAAGAAAACCGGGACAUUUUCUCAGUUUUCCCAAAUUUGGUCAGAGAUCCUUUCACCAGGAUCCGCCGCGUCUCGAUGUUUUAGACUCGUUGUAGAUGAGGUGUUUUCCCAAAGUCUGGAAUAAGAGGAAGUCGAAACAUGCAGAUCUGUUUCCAAACAUCUGACGCUUUUGUGACGCAUGAACCUACGGAAGCCGAGAGGGGCCACAACAAACGCAAACACCGCAACAAACACAAAAGCCACAACACAACAAAAAGCCACAACAAAACAAAAAGGAAAGCCACAACGGAAAUGACCGCGGGACUCUAUUUUAAUGCAAACGCCGCAACAAAUACAAAUGCCACAACACAUUAAAAAGCUGCAACACGUUAAAAAGCCGCAACACGUUAACAAAGCCGCAACACGUUAACAAAGCCGCAACACGUUAACAAAGCCGCAACACGUUAACAUAGCCGCAACACGUUAACAAAGCCGCAACACGUUAAAAAGCCGCAGCACGUUAAAAAAGCCUCAAUACGUUAAAAAGCCGUAACACAUUUAAAAAAGCCACAAAUGAAAAAGCCGCAACACGUUAAAAAGCCACAACACAUCGAAAAACGCCGCAACAUGUUAAAAAGCCGCAACAUGUUAAAAAGCCACAACAUGUUAAAAAGCCACAACACGUUAAAAAGCCACAACACGUUAAAAAGCCACAAUGGAAGUGACUGCGGGACUAGAUUUUCCGACGGACCGAUCAGAUUUCAUUGUUUCACGUUGUAGUUGUUCUUCACUUGCCGCUUGAUCGGUCCGUCGGAAAAUAGAGUCCCGCGGUCACUUCUGUUGUGGCAUUUUAAUGUGUUGUGGCAUUUCCGUUUGUGUUGUGGCGUUUGCAUUAAAAUAGAGUCCCGCGGUCAUUUCCGUUGUGGCUUUUUUUUGGUUUGUUGUGGCUUUUUGUUGUGUUGUCGCAUUUGUAUUUGUUGCGGCGUUUGCGUUUGUUGUGGCCCCUCUCGGCUUCCGUAGUGAACAGAACAAACUGUUUAAAGAAAGAGGGUUUUAAUCUCAUAGUGGUAUCGGUAUCGGUAUCGAGUCUGUUCCGUAGAAUCGCAGACGCGGCACUGACUCUUCACUCACUCUUCGUUUUGGCUUCGUCAGGCCUCCGUACUUCUGUCUGUCUGUCGUGUUUUUAACCAACAACACUGCACUUUUCACCACCGAGCCGCCUGAUUGGCCGCUCCCCUCCGGACGAGCCGCCUGAUUGGCCGCUCCCCUCCGGACGAGCCGCCCGAUUGGUGGAUUAUUCGUGGAUGUAUUUAGCACCGAUCACAGCCUGAAUCACUAAUGUAUCGACACAGGAUUGGACAGGGCCGGUGCAUUGUGGGAAACGCGGUCCGGCGCCGUGUUUCCCAGCAUGCACCGCGCGCUGAACCCACAGGUCACAGAUUGUACCCUCUGACCUCUGACCCCUGCUGUAACGUGUCACUUCCUGUUCGGACUGUUAGAGACGAAUGCGUUUAUUUUGUAAACGAGUAUUUUAAAACAAAUUAAAUAUUUUAAACUUUA